GAUGAACCGGGUUACCUAGAAUCACCGGUUUUGGCAUCGUAAUUAGGAACAAACUUCUCUCUCUCUCUCUCUGUUCUCUCUCUAAUCUCCAUUUUUGCUACUUGGAAUCUCUCCUAAAAAAAACCCUUUUUUCUAAGAUUUCUCUUUCAAUCGCCUUCUUUUUUGGGUGUCACAACUAGAGAAAGGCAAAAGGAUAGCAAUCAUCAUCGUCGUCGUCGCCUGUGAGAAUUUUCAUCUAUUUUUGGGGUUACAUUUAAUUCGAUCUUAUCCGAGAUUGUGAUAAAAUUGUUGGGUUCUUUAGUUUCUUUAUAUCAGAUUUGUGAACUUUUUGUUUUUCUGCCGAUUUAUCUGAUUAAGUUCCUGAUUUAGGUCAAAUGUUUAAUAUCUGAUCUGGGUUAUAUUCUUUGGAAUUGUUUAGGGUUUUAUAGUUUUGUUUUCUUGUUAACAAUUACUACAUCACAAUAACUAGCUGAGGGAUUGGAUCAUUUUGGAUAGUCUGACAUGUGAAUUAAUUCAGUUUCGGUAUUGCUGGAGAUUUGUGAAUUAAUGGUUUCGGAAGAUUGAAGUAAGAGUUGCUUGGUAUUUAUACUUUCCAUAGACAGUUUGAUAUUUGAAGAAUUGCAUCCGGCAAGGCUUAGGGUUUUGGUGUAGAUUUUGGCAUAUUUUAUGAUUUUUAGUUUGUCUCAUUUGGGCCAUUUGGGGUCGACUACUGAUAUCUGGAACUGGGUUUGUGGACAAUAUUCAAGUUUAUGACUUUGAACAGUGAUUUGGAAUUACAGGAGUAUUUGUAUAGAAGUUGUUUGGGUUUAAAGAUUCUUUUAGAGGCUCGGAGUUGUUAUCUGUAGGAAUAUGGCUGCGGGUACUGAUUUCUCGCGUCCAUUUACCGUAUUAGAAGGCAAUUAUAGUAAAGACAGUGUACCUGCCGGGGAAGAUGAAAUCUCAGAAUAUUCAGAUCAUUUGAAGCAAACGAUAAAAGAAAAACCUCCACAGCAUCUAUCAGUUGAUACGGUAGCUGCUACAGAAGCGGCUGCCACUAAUUUGGAUUUUGAUUUCGGGGAUGUUGGCAUUGAGUCACUGUCAGAUGGAAGAUCAGUUUUUUGCCCCGUGUUUCGAUCAGGAAGCUGCGCUGAGAAAGGACCCAAGGAGUACAUGGAGGAUGAACAUAUAUGUGUAGAUAAUCUUCAUGAAUAUUUAGGUGCAACUGCAGAUUUCCCUUCCCCAGGAGCUUUCUAUGGUGUGUUUGAUGGCCAUGGAGGAACAGAUGCAGCAUCGUUUGUUAGAAAGAACAUCCUUAAGUUCAUAGUUGAGGAUUCCCAAUUUCCUGUCUGUGCAGAGAAAGCAAUUAAAAAUGCUUUUGUCAAGGCUGAUCAUGCAUUUGCAGAUGAUAGUUCUCUUGACAUCUCGUCUGGCACCACUGCUCUGACUGCUCUCAUUUUUGGAAGUACAAUGCUAAUUGCCAAUGCUGGCGAUUGCCGAGCUGUUCUGGGGAAACGAGGUAGAGCAAUUGAGUUAUCAAAAGAUCACAAACCCAAUUGCACAUCUGAAAGUCUAAGAAUAGAAAAACUUGGUGGAGUUGUAUAUGAUGGCUACCUGAAUGGCCAAUUAUCUGUGUCACGUGCACUGGGAGACUGGCACAUGAAGGGCCCCAAAGGUUCAGCUUGCCCCUUAAGUGCAGAGCCAGAGUUACAGGAGACGCUAUUGACUGAGGAAGAUGAGUUUCUAAUAAUGGGCUGUGAUGGCCUCUGGGAUGUACUGAGCAGCCAAAGUGCAGUGACAAUGGCAAGAAGAGAACUGAUGAUGCACAACGACCCCGAGAGAUGCGCGAGGGAACUGGUUAGGGAAGCACUCAAGCGCCAAACCCAUGAUAAUCUGACCGUUAUUGUGGUUUGUUUCUCCCCAGAUCCUCCCACUCGUAUAGAGACACCUCGAUGUCGAGCUAGGAAUGUAUCUGCUGAAGGGCUCAAUUUUCUCAAGGGUGUAUUAGACAGUAACUCAUGAGAGAGCAGAUUGUUGGGAGUUUGAUAUUUGAAUUUCAUUCUUGUACAUUUAAGGUCAGUCGUGUUGUACCCUGUAUCAGUUAGAAGAUUUCAUUAUCUAAUUUUCUAGCUAGGUAGACUUUUCCUCCCAUCAUCUCUCUUUCUUUAUUUUAUUGUACUUUUUUUUAUUUUAUUUUAUUGUUUUAUUGUUUUGUUUUGUA